CCUCCGAGUUUUGCACUCAGACAAAGUGUUCUCCCAGUUUGUGAAAAAUAUAUUGAGUUCUGUGUCGCCUUCAGUCGUUUGUCUUCGUUGUGUUGGUUGUAGUCGUCGUCGUCAUUUCAAUUGAAGCAAAAAUAGUCAUACUGUGAGCGACGCAUUCAGUUUUAGAUUCCUUACAUUAUAAUCUCUCUAAGCGCGUACUGUAGUCAAGAAAUUUUGGGCUACCGUUUACCACCCAUAAACACAAGUAACAUUUUACAUUUCUAAGUUAAAACAAACAAAAACACAUCAAAAUGUCGACAGUCGAUAAAGAGGAAUUGGUCCAAAAGGCAAAAUUGGCCGAACAAUCCGAAAGAUACGAUGACAUGGCUCAAGCUAUGAAAUCAGUCACAGAAACCGGUGUCGAACUGUCAAAUGAAGAAAGAAAUUUGCUCUCAGUUGCUUACAAAAAUGUUGUUGGUGCCCGCAGAUCAUCAUGGAGAGUGAUUUCCUCCAUUGAGCAGAAAACCGAAGCCUCCGCCAGAAAACAACAACUCGCCCGCGAGUACAGAGAACGCGUGGAGAAGGAACUUAGGGAAAUCUGUUACGAAGUUUUGGGUCUUCUUGACAAAUAUCUUAUUUCUAAAGCCAGCAAUCCAGAAAGUAAGGUUUUCUAUCUGAAAAUGAAGGGAGAUUAUUACAGGUAUUUAGCUGAAGUAGCCACAGGAGAUGCCCGCAACACCGUGGUUGAGGAUUCGAAAAAAGCUUAUCAGGAGGCUUUCGAUAUUGCCAAAACAAAAAUGCAGCCCACACAUCCUAUCAGAUUAGGUCUUGCUCUCAACUUUUCCGUCUUCUAUUAUGAAAUUAUCAAUUCACCAGCGCGGGCUUGUCAUUUGGCCAAACAGGCUUUCGAUGAUGCGAUAGCUGAACUCGACACCCUUAACGAGGAUUCAUACAAGGACUCAACACUCAUCAUGCAACUGUUGAGAGAUAACCUGACCCUCUGGACAUCGGACACCCAAGGGGAUGGCGAUGAACCACAAGAAGGUGGUGACAACUAACAACCAAACUAAAUUGUUUCCUUUUUAAAAUGACUAUGAAAAAACAACAACAAAAUUAAAACAAGAAAAUAUUUUUAAAUAAAAAUCAACAACAACAACAAAAAUCCAAAAAUUCAGCAAAAAUAUUUUAAAUUAAAAUUCAAUGCAUAAACAACAGCAACAACAGCAAAACCCGAACAUUUUAAAUAUGAUGAAACCAAUCCAACAAAAGAAACAAACACUCAACAGAAAACAGUACUGGAACAACACAUGGUCAAUAAUACAAUAAAUACAACAUCAUCCUACAGUUUUCUUCUUCAUAUCCAAGGAAAUAUUACUACUAUGGUAUGUUUAUAUGGAAAUUCAAAAGCAAACAGAGAGAGAGGAAGAACAAGGAACGGAAGAACAGCAGCAGCACCACCACCACCACCACAACCACACGACCAGCAAAAGAAGGAGUAGAAAUGGGGAGUAAAGAAGCAAAGAAAGUCUAUGUCAAAUUCUAUCAAAUUACACACAGUAUUUUUGCUUGUCAAUGAUCGAUGAUGAUGCGAUGCAAAUGAUCGAUCGUUCAUCUUUGAGAAAGGCAAAUAUUGAUUGCUUAAAGAAUUCUCAAAGCCGCGUGUAUCAAAAAAAAAAACCAAACAACAAAAAUGUUUUUCCACUCAGUCAAUCACUCAAUUCAGACUGAGACACAUUUGCUUUCCUUUCUUCUUUACUAUUACACCACCGCCUGCUCCUUCUUUUUGGUCAAUAAUUCUACCAAAAAUUGUAUGAGUAAUGUUAUAAAUAACAACAAGAACAAGAACAACAACAGAAGAGCUACAAUAACAACCAUAUUAGCAAUAAAACAAGUGCAAAACAACAAACAAACAAACAAAAAUCAACCGUUUUUAUGAUCUAUAUUAAAAAUAUAUUUCUUUAUUGUAUAUUUUUAACUAAAAACAAAAAAAAAAUCAUAAUUUUUUUCUUUGUUUGCAACAAAAAAGAAACUACAGCAACCAGAAAACUUUAUACAUACAUACAAAUUUGUAAAACAUGAAUUGAAACAAGAAACAAAUUAAACUUUAUGUAAUUUUUUUUGUUAGGCAGAGCAUUAUAUUAUUUAUUAUUUUUUUUAAUAAAUAAUUUCAUUUUGUUUUUUAUAAUAACCAAAAAGGAAAAAAAAGAAAUUCAAAAAACAGUUACUGUUUUUUUGUUUUCAUUAUGAUUUUGCAGUAAGAUAUUGAAGAGAAACAAGAGAAAAAACUUAAAAUUAAAACAAAGCAAGCCCAGCAGAGCUUCUAUAUGGACCCAUUUUGGGACCAAUGAACUGCAGAGAAGUAAUAAUAACAACAACAAACAAAAAUCAACAAUAUUGUGUUUAUAUAGUUUAUCCUCUUUUCAGUUUUUUUUUGGCAUAAUUUAUCAACUCUUUUUUUUAUUAUUAAAUUUCUAAAUAAACCAGUUAUUUACGUUGUCUUUACGUAAAAUUGUUUUUGUUGUCUUUUGAAUAAGUGUUCAUUUCUCUCUCUCUCUCCACAUUACAAAAAGCCGCUAGACAUUUGUUUUGAUUUUUUCAAAAUUUGUUAUUUGUUAUACAAUAACAAAAAAACAAAUGCAAGAAAAAACAAAAACACUCUUACACACAUCCUCUCAUAUUAUGCAUUAACAUCAGCAGGCAUUGUCUGCCGACGUAUGCGCCACCACCACCACCACCACAACAUCCUAUUCUAUUACUACGUUUAUUAUGAUUAUUCAAUAAUAAAAAAAACCCGCUAAAAAUCCUUAAAUAAACUAUGUUAACACAUAAAAAAAACAACUUGAAAA